AUGAGUGAUCAAUCCCUUAUAAGAAAUGCAGGAGGAUCUGUGAUGGUGGGAUCUUAUGAGAAAUAUUUGGGACUAUUUUCAGUUGUAGGUAGAUCCAAAUACUACACUUUUAGGGGCAUAAAGGAGAGAGUUUGGAGGAAGGUGACAAACUGGAAAAAUUCUUUUCUCUCUGCAGCAGGGAAAGAGAUUCUCAUCAAGGUUGUGUUACAAGCAGUUCCAACUUACACUAUGAGUGUAUUCUUGUUUCCAAAAAGACUUUGUACUGAACUAAAUAGCCUUUUAGCCAAGUUCUGGUGGGGCAAUCAGAAAAAUAGAAAAUGGAUAAAUUGGGGCAGCUGGGAUAGAUUGGGGCAACAGAAACACAAAGGAGGAAUUGUGUUUAGAAAUAUAGAGUAUUUUAAUUUGGCCUUGCUUGCCAAGCAAGGGUGGAGAAUCCUUUCAAACCCCACAAGCUUAGUGGCUCAGAUCCACAAGCAGAAAUACUAUAAAGAUUCCUCGUAUUUAGAAGCCAAGUUGGGUAGUAGCCCUUUAUUCAUAUGGAAGAGUAUAUGGAAGGCAUCUGAGAUUGUUAAAGAUGGAAUGAGCUUUAGAGUUCAGUCUCCAAUAAAGAGGCUGCACAAGGAAGCAAUGGUGAAAGAGCUUAUUGUGGAAGAAGAGAAGAAAUGGAAUGAAGAGCUGAUUCGAGAAAUAUUUGUAGAGAAUGAGGUGGAACAAAUCCUUAGUCUACCAUUGAGCAAAAUGGAGAGUGAAGACAAGUUGGUCUGGGGUCCUUCCAAUCCAAUAAGGGCCAAUUUUCAGUAA